UGCGAACACUUCCGUGUACGUGUAAAAAUGGCGUCCAGCGCAUUCAGCGAAAUAACCGAGGAAUUUCUCGUCUGUCAGAUCUGUUUGCAGGACUUCAAGCAGCCUAAGGUGCUGCCGUGUCUUCACACCUUCUGCCAGCCGUGUUUGGAGAGGCUUCUGGCCAGAGUGGGAAAACUCUCCUGUCCGACCUGCCGACAGGACGUGCCCCUCCCACAAAAUGGCGUCCAAGGGCUCAAGUCCAACUUCCUCGUCGGCAAACUGCACGACAUUCUGCAAAAACAGCCGAAAGGAAAAGGGGAAACGUCGGAGCCACGGGAGGAGGAGGGAGUCCCCUGCACGGCCUGUGACAGAGGUAACCCUGCCGAGUUCUACUGUAUGGAGUGUACCGACUACCUAUGUCAGAUGUGUAACGACACGCACCGUGGGCUCAAGCUCACCAGGUCACACAUAGCCGUAACCAUUCAAGACCUGCAAUCAGGCCGACUUGCCGCCGAGCUCUGGGCAAGAGAGACCGCCACGUGUGAGGAUCACAAUGAACUGAACAAGUUCUACUGUGACACCUGUCAUCGGGUCAUCUGUCUGCACUGUGUGGUAACGGCGCACAAAGAUCACCAGUAUGUGGAGAUAGAGAAGGCGGCCGAGAGGGAGAGAGCAAAGUUCAAGGACAAACUGCCAACACUCCAGACCACAGCAGGCCUGCGUGAGAAGUGGAUAGACGAACUGCAGUCAGUAAAGGACAACUGGCCCUUACAGGUACAGCGUACAGAAGAACAGCUGGAAAAACAGGCAGAGUCAAUCAUGGAGGCCGUUCAGAAGGUGAAAAACGACAAAAUCCGCCAGCUUCGCGCCAUGAAUGCUGCUCGGGAGAAACAGAUGGACGCCGCCAUGGAGGCAGCUAAGAUAGACCUGGCCUCAGCCAGAAGCUGUAUCCAGUUCACGGACAAUGUGUUGGAGUACGGGAGUCCGGCGGACGUCAUGUCGGUGGCCGGAGAACUGACCGCACGGAUGGAGCAAACCGCAGACAAGAAGAUCACCGAGAGGGCUGAACUGACCAAGGGGUUCAUGAACUUGACCUUUGACCCACCGUCUGUGGCACUAAAGCAGGAAGUUUCAAAGCUGUUAGGUGGGAUAAAACAAACAGCAGUGUCAUUGCCAAUCACACUGUCACCAGUUCGGACUAACGUGGCGAUCGGUACUUACAGCGGGACACCUAAACUGCUGAAAACCGUUAGGGAGGAAGGCAGGGAGUUUGACUUCCCAACAUCACUCGCCUUUACUGCAGGUGGAGACAUUGCAAUGACUGAUCAUGCCAGCAAACGUCUAAAAUGUUUUGACAAAGAUGGCUCCUUUAAGAAGAAGGUCGAUUUGUGGUUCCAGCCGGAGUGUGUGGCGGCCCUUAUAAACGAUGAUCUGCUGGUGACAGGAGACGGACACAGAAUUCACGUACUAGACAAACAGGGGAGGGAAUCACGUGUCAUCCAGGUGACGGGUGCUGUAGAGAAAGAUACAAUUACACGAGGUAUCGCUAUUGACGCUUCGGGGCGCAUCAUCGUCACUAUCGGGCACCAAGUGUUUGUACUUAGUCCCAGUGGUGACGUUAUACUAAAGUUCGGGGACAAAGGUCAAGGUCAGCAGCAGUUGAGUUCCUACCUCCAUGUGACCGUCAACAGCAGCAACCAAAUCAUCAUCAGUGACUGGGAAAACCACAACCUGAAGAUGUUCGACCCCACCGGUCACCAUCUCUUCACGCGCGGGUCACGUGGCUCGGGACCUGGUCAGCUGAAGUACCCCUGCUGUGCCAUCACAGACAGCGAGGACAACAUCAUCGUGGCUGACUAUGGCAACAAUCGUGUUUCCCUGUUCAGUCGGAACGGCAGGUUUAUCAGGCACGUGCUGACACAAGAGGAACACGGACUGAACCAUCCACAGGGACUAACGCUGACUCACGACGGACAUUUGGCUGUUUGUAACCUCACUUCCGUCAACAUAUUCGAGAUGUCACAGAAAAGCAAAUAAGAACUUGCACUGUAUAUUCGCUAAAAAGACCAAAAGGGCUAAUCUGUGAUCAAAGUUCUGCCUCGGUAGAUCUGUGAAUUAUUGUUUAAAAAACGUGACUGAGCCAAAGCUAUUUUCAAAUUACAGCUUAAAAAAUCCGUCAAACUUGAGACUAAACAUGUUACUCCAUAAAAUGAAGAGAGUAUCAGUACCAGCUUUACUGACAUAUCUUUUAUAUCUAAUCACCAAUUUAAUAACAAAGAUUAACACACAUUUUUAGUUUGAUUGUAUGAUAAGUGUUCAUGAAUAUCAGAUACCCUUUGUUUACACAUC